CUAUUUGCCCUCAUGCCAUGAAUUGUGCAGAGAAUAAUAUUUGGAGCAGAUUUCGGUCCUUUGCAUCACGCGACCAUUACUGGGACUUUAUCUCCGUCCGCAAUUAUCUCCGUGCAAUUUCACAAUUGUAGCUUGUUGUUUACUUGUAUUAGCACAGGUAAGAGAAAGCGUAAUGCGCGGCGAAUAGGCGCCGGGCUCUCUUCCAACACACCAACACACGCAAAUUGUGGCAAAAUUAGAACCAACUAAUGACGCAGCUGUCGCUGCAAGUUGGCGACCAAAGUCUUGGUCAAAAAAUUGCCCCCCAGCAGUUGAGUCGAGGCUUGUCACGCCUCGUUGAUAUCAAACAUGAUGUGCAGCAUACUGUAGAUAUGCUGCAAAUUUUGGAGCUUGCAAUGCAACCUCAGCUUCUCGCCCGGACUUGUCACGGGCGCGGGCCUGCGAGCGGUCUUCUCACGGGUCCGAGAUUGAUGGCAAUGGAGGUAAACGUGCCCUUCUUGCAGUAAUGCAACCGCUUAAACUAUUUCUCUUAAUCAAGACCUUACCUCACGCAGCCGCACGUGUCGCUUCUCACGGACACGCACCCUUCCCCGGAAACCCACCAUCGGCAAAAGCACAGGUCGCGUCCGCGCGUAGCAGGCCACCGUCGGUGGCCUGGAGCUACGUAUCGCAGCAAUGGAUACCGCUGCAGCACGGCGCUUCUUCGAUAAAGUCACCAAGGACGCGGCAGCGCAGUGGAAUGCGAGGGAUGCGCCUCGGUUCCUCGAUGCAGCCGUUUCGAUGGACGCCUUGGAGAUGCUGUUUGCCCUGGCAAACCUCCAGUUGGCACGUGAUCGGCUGAAGGCCUCCCUGAGUCAUGACGGCAGCCCGGCCUACGUGGCUUCAAAGGUCGUGCCCUUUCUGCGGCACCUCAGCGGAGACGCGCUUAGCGGCGGGACCUGCAAGGGCCCGCUGCGUCAGGUGCUGGAGGUGGUCUACCGCAUACCCGGCCUGCUGGGCUGCCUGCGGGCAGCGGUGGAGAGUGGGCAGGUGGCGGAUGCGUCGCCCAUUGGCUGGUUCCUGCUCACGCUGGCAUCCCAGGCGGAGGAGGUGCGCACGAGCGCUGAGGUGCGGCAGCUGGCGACGGCGCUGGCGGCUCAGCCCGGCAAUUCCGCCAAAGUUGCCCAAAAGCUGCUUGUCGUGCUGGCGGGUGCUAGCGCCGCUGCCGCUACCGCAACAAAAGCCGCCGUCACCUCCGCCGUCACCGCCGCGUCUGACACGCUGGAGGACCUGCUGCAGGGCCCGGGCGGCCGACACGACAACGACAAGGUCGAUUACAGGUCCAUUCGGAUCUCACCCACAUCGGAUGAGGCUCUCUGCUCCCGUGCGCCCUACCUGCCACGGUCCGCUUCUGCCACGGAGCCCUCAUCAUCAGGAGCCGCGCCGCCCCCUGGGCUGGACAACGGCGAGGCGGCUCUGCUGGACCGCCUGUUCAGGCUGCAGCGUGAGGACUUCAUGCGGCCGCUGCGCCAGAGCCUCCACGACCUGGGCUUCCGCCGCAGCCUCACACAGCAGUCGGCGGCGACACAGAGCGCCGCGGCAGCGAGUGGGACCGCGGGGGCGGCCGCAUCGGCGGCAGGCGCGCCACCGCCGCCGCCGCAGCCGAGGCAGCUGCCGCCGCACCUGCAGCGCAACGUGUUCCCGCUGCUGCGCGUUGAGGGCGCGCAGGACAGCCCGCGGCCGUGCGUGCUGGUGGCGGUGGCGCUGCCUGCCGGCCACCGUGCCGUGACCCUGCACAAGGUUUCGGAGCGGGAGUCCUACUGGACAGAGCACGGCAAGGGCACGCUGCCCAACGACGCGCUGGUGUGCAUCGCGCGCACGCCUGUUGCUUCAACGGCGUCAGCGGCGCCGGAGCCGCUGGUCUUCGGCACCAUCCAGCGGCGUGACCCAAAAAUCAUGGCGCGGGAGUGGAAGCAGCCGGUGUUUGGGGUCGUGUUCGAGCGAAGCGUCGGAAGCUUUGCGGGUGUGGAGAGGCUGGUGGCGGAGAUUGGGUGCGGGGACGCCGUACAGCUGAGGCAGCUGGUGCUGGUGCAGGUCUCCACCAGCUUCUUCUCCGUGCGGCCGGUGCUGUCAUGCCUGCAAACCAUGCCGGGUGUGCCGCUGGCGGAGGAGCUGGUGCACGGCCAGCCGCCGCAGCGCACCGAGUACCUACCCGCUAGCGCCUUUCUGCAGGAGCUGUCGCGCCUCGAGGAGAAGGGCAUCCGGCUGCAUUCGACGCAGCGCGACGCUCUCAAGCGCGGCCUCACUCAGCGUGUCGCCCUCAUCCAAGGCCCGCCCGGCACCGGCAAGACCUUCGUGGGCGCGCUGCUGUGCGACGCCAUCCUGCGCCACAGCACUGAGCGCAUCCUAGUGGUGUGCUACACCAACCACGCUCUGGACUCGUUCCUGGAGUCGCUCAUCGCCAAGGGCAUCACCAGCAUCGUGCGCGUGGGCGGCCGCUCAAAGAACGAGACGCUGGCGAACUACAACCUGUUUGAGCGCAUGCGCAGCACUCCGCGCGUGAAGCUGCAAGGCGCCGCGCCGCGCCGGUUUGGUGCACUGAUGGACCUGCUGCGCGAGCACCAGAGCGAGAUCCAGCGUCUGGAGCGGCUGCUGUUCCAGUCCGCGGGCACGCUGCCGCCGAAGCGCGAGCCGCCACGCAAGAAGCCGCCGCCGCGCAACGGCCGCAGCAGGCAGCAGGACAGCAGCGAGGAGGACGAGGAGGAGGACGCGCCGCCCCCGGCCCUGGACCUGUACUCGGAGAUGCGCAAGUACGCGGAUGAGGAGCUGCCGGAUGUGCAUGAUGAGAUGCACAUGGAGGGUUGGACCGGCUGGUCCGGCUGGCUCACGGGCGCUGCCAGCUAUGAGGACAGCAUGCGCAAGGAGGAGCAGCAGCAGGGCGGCGAGGGCGGCGCGGCGCGCAGCAGCGGCGGCGGUGACUACUGGAAGGAGGCGAAGAAGAAGGGCGCCAACAAGGGCAUCAGCUACGACAAGGCGCAGAAGAUUGUGGUGUCCAAGGUCCACAAUGGCGAGGUCACGGCAACGGUGACGCAACUGCUGAAGGCCGGGCCUGGGGGCAGGAACGGGGCCGUCGGCCACGGACAGCUGGGGCUGUGGGCGCUGCCGCUGCAACGCCGCCACGAGGUCGCGGCAGCCAUGCUGCAGGAGCUGCGCACACGGUGGGCCGAGGAGCUGGCGGCUGCGCUCACGCGUGCGGCCGAGGUGAAGGCCGAGCUGGAGAGCCUGCAUGAUACGAGCGCGCUGGCGGUGCUCAGCUCCGCCCGCGUCAUUGGCUGCACCACCACCGGCGCCGCCAAGUACAAGGAUCUGCUGCGCGACCCGUCCGUGGACCCGGGUGUGGUGCUGGUGGAGGAAGCGGGCGAGCUGCUGGAGGCGCACACGCUCACCAGCCUCAGCCCGCGCACCAAGCACCUCAUCAUGAUUGGCGACCACAAGCAGCUGCGGCCCAAGGUGGACACGUGGGAGCUGACCAAGCAGUUCGGCGCCGGGUACGACAUGAACGUGUCGCUGUUCGAGCGCCUGGCCCUGGCUGGCUUCCCACACACCACGCUGGGCGUGCAGCACCGCAUGCACCCCGACAUCUCAGCGCUGGUGCGGCCCACCUACCCCGCGCUCGAGGACGCGGAGCGAACCAAACAACACCCGCCCGUGCGCGGCCUGCCGCCGGGGCAGCGGGUGGUGUUUGUGGAGCACGAGGUGCCGGAGGACGGCGAGGCGGCGGCUGAUGGUGAGGCUGCAAAGAAGGGCGGCGGCCAGAGAUGGCGAGCCGGCACUGAGCAUGUCGUGAAGAGCAACCGGCACGAGGUGGCGAUGGUGCGCGAGGCGGUGCGCUACUUCCUGCGGCAGGGCUACGCGCCCGAGGACAUGGUGGUUCUCACGCCCUACCUGGGCCAACUCAUGGAGCUGCGGGCAGAGCUGGCCAAGGGCACGCAGGUGGUGCUGGACGAGAUGGACCUGCAGGACCUGCGCAACACCGCCCUGCCCGGCGCCAUGGCCGAUGUCACGGCCGUCAGCGGACCGGCAGGCGGCGCGGGCGCGGGCGCGGGCGGGAGCGGGAGCAAGGGCGGCGGUGGCAAGGGCAAGGGCAAGGCCGGAGGCGUUGCUGACGGUGACGCCGUGGCCGCCGCCAGCAGUGGUGUGCGCAUCGCCACCAUCGACAACUACCAGGGCGAGGAGGCGAACCUAGUCAUCAUUUCGCUGGUGCGCAGCAACGCGGGCGGCAGCAUCGGCUUCCUGCGUGAGCCGGAGCGCAUCAACGUGCUGCUGUCGCGCGCGCGGCACGGCAUGAUCCUGUUCGGCAACUGCAAGACGCUGAGCAACGCCAAGAGCCCCGAGGGCCGCCGCCACUGGGGUGGCGUGCUGGGGACGCUCAAGGCGAAGGACGCAAUCCAGCCCGGUCUCCCGGCCUGCUGCGCGCGCCACGGCACGACCUCGCUGCUCAUCAACCCGCCGGACUUUGCACGGCUCAGCCCCGACGGCGGCUGCGUGCGGCCGUGCGGGCAGCUGCUGCCCUGCGGCCACCCCUGCCGCCUGCGCUGCCACGCCUUCGACCCGGAGCACACCACCAUCAAGUGCGGGGAGGAGCUGUUGGAGCGCUGCGACAAAGGCCACAUGGUCACGCGCAGGUGCGGGCAGGCCAAAGAGGAGGUGAUGUGCCGCACCUGCCUGGAGGUCUUCCAGAUCGAGCAAGAAGAGCGUCGCCGGCUGGCCGAGCUGGAGCGCAAGGCCGACGACGUGCGGCGGGACGCGGAGCUGCGCGCGGCGCGGCUGAAGGCGGAGGUGGCGCACCUGGCGGCGAAGCAGGCGUCGCUGGAGGAGCAGCGGGCCAUGCAGCAGGAAGAGGUCAAGCUGAGGCUGCAGCGGGAGCAGCUAGCCAAGGAGCUCGAGCUGCAGAAGGAGUUGGGCGCCAUCGAGAUGCAGAAGUGGGAGCGGGAUCAGCGCAGCGCCGCCAAGGAGCAGCUCGCGCGCACCGAGGCGGAGGCGCAGGCGCGCAAGGAGCAGCUGCUGUGGGAGCAGGAGCAGCAGGCGUCGCUCGCCGCAAAAGCGGAGGCCUCACGCCGGGCGUUGGAGGCGGCAGCUCGGAAGCUGCGGGAGGAUGAGGUCGCGACCAAUGCCGAGCUGCAGCGCAUUGCCAACGCCGGUCGCCGCGCUCAGGCAGAGGCGGAGGCGAGCGCGGCACGGGUGGAGAACAAGGCCGGUGGCCAGGCUGGAAAACUCCGGACGAUGGCCGCGUGGAAGGAGGACAUCGCGGCGACGGCUGAGGCCGGCAGCGCUGACGCCCUGGCCGGCCUGAAGCAGCGUAUUGCGGGCGCGGCUGGCGGAGGCGUGACAGCGGGGAACCUGGCCGACACCUUCGACUCGCUGUUCUCCAGCCCGGGCCUGGGGGCCCAGCUGGUUGCGUACGCGGCGGCAUCGACGGCAAGCGACGGCGCCGGGGUCAGCGACGGCAGCGCCGCGGGCGGCUCGGCUCCAUCCGGGCUGCCAGCUGAGCUGCGGCGGGGCCUUGCGCUGCUGCAGGAGGGCAAGACUCUGGAUGCGAUGAAGUACUUUACAGCGCUGGAGAAGAAGGCGAACGCAGCGGAGAAGGACGCGGCCGCCGCGUUCGCGUCCGCGUGCCGGGCCAAGCUGGGGCUCCCACCGCCUGCAGCUGCGCCUGGCAAGCCCAAGGUGGGCGCUGGUGGGAAGCCGCCGCAUGUCGCAGACCAUCUUUCCGCGGCCCUGGCAGCCGCUCAGCAGCGCAGCGCCGCGGGAAGCAGCAUCAGCGCAGCCGCCAGCCUUCGCUCCGCGGACGCGCGGAUUGCAGGCCACGCGCUCGCCUUCCUGCUGCACCCGGACGCGCAGCAGAUGCCGCGUGUGCUGCACGAUGAGGCGUUGGGCCUGCUGCGCAACGCCGCGCCUUUGCUGAAUGGACCCUUGAUGACUGGCGCUGCCGCAGCUGUAGCGGCUAGCGGCGGCGCCAGCAGCAGCGCUGUGCCUGAGGCCUGGGCCCAGCGCGCCAAGCGCAGCCCGGCGUUGGCCAAGCUGCUGAAGCUGACGGGACUGGGCAAGGUCAAGAAGGCCAUGUUUGACCUGGCGGCGGCGGUUGAGCUUGACAAGGAGCGCGGCCACCCGCUGAGCUCCAAACAGUACAACGUGCGCUUCCUGGGCAACCCCGGCACCGGCAAGACCACCGUCGCGCGCAUGUACGCCGAGCUGCUCAAAGAGCUGGGCGUGAUCAGCGGCGCAGAGUUUGUUGAGACCAGCGGCGCGGAGCUGGCCUCGGGCGGCACCAGCAAGCUGCAGGAGCAGCUGAAGAAGCUGGAGGGCGGCGGGCUGCUAUUCCUGGAUGAGGCGUACCAGCUCAAGCCCAAGAGCAACCCCAUGGGCGCGCAGGUCCUGGACGCGCUGCUGCCUGAGCUGGAGAACCGGCGCGGCAAGCUGGUGGUGGUGCUGGCGGGCUACAAGAAGCCCAUGGAGGAGCUGAUGGCAUACAACGAAGGACUGCCCAGCCGCUUCGUGCAGGAGUUCACGUUUGCGGACUACAGCGAUGAGGAGCUGUUUACCAUCUUCAAGGACCUCAUCGACAACGACCCGUCAGUGCCCAACCCCGCCAAGCGAUUCCAGGUCGCGGACGUGAAGCACCUGCGCAUCGCCGCGCGCCGCCUGGGCCGCCAGCGCGGCACGACCGGCUUCGGCAACGCGCGCGCCGUGCGCAACGCAUACGAGCAGGCGCAGCGGCGGCAGUCGGCGCGCGUGCUGAAGGAGCGGGGCGCUGGUGGCGGUCCCGACCCGCUGCUGCUGCUGCGCGAUGACCUGCUGGGGCCCAAACACCUGGACGUCAGCAGCUGCAGCGCUCUGCGGGAGCUCAAGGCCAUGCGCGGCCUGGACGCGGUCAAGCAGGCGGUGGACGACUUGCUGGGCCUGAUCCGCACCAACGCUGAGCUGGAGGAGCAGGAGCGGCCGCUCAAGGAAGUCAACCUGAACCGCGUCUUCCUGGGCAACCCGGGCACAGGCAAGACCACGGUCGCGGGCAUGUACGGCCGCAUCCUCCGUGACCUAGGCCUGCUGAGCCGGGGCGAUGUGGAGGUGCGGGUGCCGGCAGACUUCAUGGGCACCGUGCUGGGCGAGAGCGAGCAGAAGACCGAGGCCAUCCUGGAGGCGACCAAGGGCUGCGUGCUGGUCAUUGACGAGGCGUACGGGCUCUACUCGAGUGCCGGCCGCGACCCCUACAAAGAGGCGGUGGUGGACACGAUCGUGGCUCGGGUGCAGGGCGUGCCGGGCGAUGACCGCUGCGUGCUGCUCCUGGGCUAUGAGGACCAGAUGCGCGAGAUGCUGCGCAAGGCCAACCCGGGUCUGGCGCGGCGCUUCCAGCUGGACGCGGCGUGGCGCUUUGAGGACUACGGGCCUGAGGACCUCCUGGCUAUCACACGGGAGGCCGCCAAGAAGAAGGGCUGGGCGCUGGACGAGGCCUGCCUGCUGGCGGCUGUGGAGGCACUGGAGGCGCAGCGCCGCAAGCCCAAUUUCGGCAACGCUGGCGCCGUCAACAACCUGCUGUCGAGCGCGGUGCUGCGGAUGGAGGCGCGGCUGCGCAAGCUGACGCCCGCACAGCGCGCCGCGGCGGCCCCGGUGCCGGAUGACUUCCUGCCGCCGCGGCAGGGCGGCGACCCCAAAGCCAUCUUUGACGACCUCAUCGGCUGCAGGGAGGUCCUGGCCAAGCUGCGCGAGUGGCAGGCCACCAUCCUGGCCUGCCAGGCCAUGGGCCGGGACCCGCUGGCCAGCUUCGAGCUCAACUUCCGAUUCGUGGGCGCGCCGGGCACGGGCAAGACCACGGUGGCGCGGCGUGUGGGGCUGCUGUUUGAGUCGCUGGGCCUGCUGGCGACCUCGGAGGUGGUGAGCUGCUCGGCCUCCGACUUCGUAACGGGCUAUGUCAACCAGGCCAGCGGCAAGACGCGGGAGGUGUUCGCCAAGGCGGUGGGCGGCGUGCUCUUUAUCGACGAGGCCUACAGGCUGAACCCCAAGAAGGGCGGCCCCUUUAUGCAAGAGGCCCUUGACGAGAUGGUCCAGCUGCUGACGGAGCCGGCCUACAUGGGCAAGAUGGUGGUCAUCCUGGCGGGGUACGACAACGAGAUUGAGGAGCUGAUGUCCGUGAACCCUGGCCUCAAGAGCCGCUUCAGCCAGCGCCUGCACUUCCCCGACUUCACGCCGGCCGACGCGGCGCAGCUGCUGGUGCUGCAGCUGCGGAAGGAGUACGGACUGGAGCUGGGUGGAGGGGCGGCGGAGGCGCUGCCAGGCAUGGCACAGGAGCUGGCCGCCGCGCCCAACUGGGCCAACGGGCGUGACGUGGGCACAUGGGCCAAGCGCGUGUUCGCCGCCUACUCCAGCCGCUGCUUCGGCGGCGGCGGCGCUGAGGGGGCGGAGGGCGGUGGAGGCGGCGGCGAGGAGCUGCAGGCGGCGGACCUGCGUGUCGCGCUGGACAGCAUCCUGCAGGACAAGGGGGAGACACAGCGGCAACAACACCGCGCCAGCGGUGGUGCCCGCGGCGCCGGCAUUGGCAGCAACAGCAACGCGGGGCUGGGGGGUGGACUCGUGCGCGGCGAGGACAGUGACGACGACCCGUGGCCGUUUGGAAAUUUCGCAACCUCAACGGCAACUGCCCAACCGCCACCACCGCGCAUGGCGCCGCCAGCUUUCCGCACCGCCACCGCCACGGCGCGUCCUGCGGUGGUCAUUGAGGAGGUGCUUGAGGAGGAGGAGGCGCCCGCCGCCGCCGCGCAGCCUGACAACAGCAGUGGUGGCGGCUUUGGCGGCCUGCCGCCGGGCUUCCUAACGGCCAUGCAGGAUGCGCUGGAGUCACUGGGCUACGACCUCUCCUCCAUGGACAUUGCGGCGGCGCUGGCGGCUGACCCCACCCUGGCUGACAAGCUGCCGCCGCUGCUGUCGGGCUGGGAGCCGGCGCUGGUGCUGCAGAUGAUCAAGAAGUGGCAGGAGGCGCUGGCGAAGCAGCUGGAGCAGGAGCGCGAGGCGGCCAAGCGGCGGCAGCGGCCGGUGUGGCGGUGCGCGGUGUGUGGCCGGUACGGUUGCCCCGUGGCGCCCUACAUUGAGCGGUACGAGGAGGUCUGAGGUGGUGGGCUGCUGAGGUGCUGGAUGCUGAUGGGGAGAAGGCAGCGCCACAUUGCAUUAGGCGCUGAGUUAGGAGGCGUUCAUGUGGUUGUGCUGUGCGGUUGUGCAGUUGCAGCAGGCACUAUGGCAGCUAGGCGCUGUACCUAGCUACGAGUUCUGAGACACACAGCUGCACUUUGCUUGCGGUAGCGGGCGAUGUCUCUUACGGACUCGCAUGAAGCAGGAACAGUUGUUAUUGUGGUGCUGCACGGUGGCAUACAGAAGCAAUUGGAAGCUGUGUGCUACCGUCCGCUGUGCAAUGGAUGCGGGCGCAAGAUUGCGUGGCUGUUGUAACCCGGUACGCGAAUGGCAGGCUGGCGCAGGCGCACGUUUCGGAUUGCUUGGCUCCGUACGUGGGACAGAAAGCACGGGGCAGGGUCAUUGCUGUACCUCGAAGGAUGCGAGCUAUGUACACUAUGUGCACCCCCGUGAGUGAACCCGGCUUAGGCGCACUCGCGGACUGUCGGGCUCUCGCCGUCGAGCUGCUACCCUGUUGGCUUCCUGCUGCCGCCGUAUGGCUGGGGCCAGUGGAGCGCUGGUGGAGCCUUUGGAUAAUUUGGCCAGGCCAGUGGCGGAACAUUUCAUAGCCCUCAUGCCUUCUUGACCUUCACAGUCGCAACGUUCACUGCUGUACACGUCUGCCCGCUAUCCCGCCGCUAAUGCCGCCAAUCAACACAUCCCGCACCACGCUUGUACCGUAUCUUAUGUCCCAUUCCAAACCCACGGAUAAAGCCGCACUUUCGCACGCGUCCAGUCGCAUUCGUGAGUCGUGUGGCACCCAGGAGAGGUGCCAUCCCCUGGUGGCACCAGCAUGGGUGUACCUUCCUUUUAGCAGCAGCCUCCAGCACUUAAAUAUCAGGCCACAGAUGGGCCCGCUCAUCCUGCCGCGCCCACAGGUGCAACCCAUCACCACCUCAUGAGACGAUGCCUCCGCACAGUCUCCCGCAGACCGGCCGUGGUGGCACCGCGAGGAAGCCCACGCCUACGUGCUAAGAGCAUGCACAUCACACCAGAAUCAAAAUCACCUCCAGUUCAGUGGCAAUGCUCUCAUUAAACAUAUCUUCACAAUCAGUGUCCCGCGUCGCAUCCACCUCCUGCAUAAUGCGUGUUUCUGCAGUUGUCCCAUGCCGGCGGGCAGUGCUGCCGAACAUGGCCAAUAUGCUGAUUGGCAUGGCCGGGUGCAAUUCUCUGAGCUACCCGACGAACGCCAGCCGCUCAUGCCGUGCGCUCUCGUGCUACCCGCCUGCCCGCUAGUGUCUGUCUACCCGCUUGCCGCUGGUUGCACGUAAUCCAUGCGCCAUGCAGCAAUCCCGAUGUAUGCCCACUUGCACGGCCAGCUAAAUCGCCUUGCAAAGCCGCACCAGCCGCGCCAGCGUGCGGGCCUGCCUCUCCUGGUGCUUGACCGCUUCGAGAGCGUACUACUAAGAAUUCUGCUACCUUGAUCAAGACAUUGUCCCAUGAAUCCAUG